AUGCAAAUUUCAGUCAUGGUAGCGAUGUCUAUUGCACUGUUCAUGAAUCACAAACGCUCUCGCGCCAAGAGACUCCGCGAAAUUCACGCAUACUUCAAGGAACAAACUUCUUACCGGAAUAGUAUAAUAUCUAUGCACACCAACGCGCAUUCCCAGUUUUCUAUCUACUCAGAUACGCCUAGUUGCCAUGGGUCACUCGCUCAGUUUGGAGCGGCUGCUGAGGAGAACCUUGAGGAAGACGAAGAUGAUGAUCGCCGUGGUCUUCUUGAGCAGAGGCGCAGGUCGCACCGUGAUGAUGAGCUAUAG